AUGGCCGCCACCUCCCGCGACGCCCCUGUCCCGCCCGCCAUGCCGGACCUCGUCCGCGACCACCUCUACUUCGGCGACAUCAACGACGCCAUCGCGGCCCUCACCGCCUCCCUCCCGGACGGCACAUACAUCACCCACGUCCUGUCCGUCGUCAGCUCCGCCUCCAUCUCCUUCUUCACCGACUACCGCCCGGGCCUCUCCUUACCAACAGAGGAGGCCCGCCGCGUGGUCGCCGGGGAGGACGGAGCGCCCUCGGCGGUGGCCCCAGGGCGGCUGAUGCGGGUGGUGGAAAGGACCGGGGAAGGGCUAAGGGUGACGCGGAUGGCCGUGCCGCUCAAGGACACGGAGGAGGAGAACCUGCUCGACCACCUCGAGCCGUGCCUCGAUUUUAUCGACGAGGGGAGGAAGGCGGGCAACGUGCUCGUGCAUUGCUUCGCGGGGGUCUCCAGGAGCGUAUCCUCAGGAGCUUCUUCCUCAGCCGCCCAGCCCAUGACGACCCUCGGCGACAACUCCCGCGAGAAACUUGGGCGCGACAACUUCCUUCUUUGGAAGGCGACGGUCCUGCCCCCGAUCCGUGGCGCACAGCUAGACGGAUAUCUCGACGGAACGCUCGAAGCUCCGGCCAAGACUCUUGAAGUCCAGAAGGCCGACAAUUCUGGCACCGAGACGGUGCCCAACCCCGAGUACGCUCGCUGGAUAGCCCAAGAUCAGCAGGUUCUUGGCUCGCUACUGACCUCUCUGUCGCUUGAAGUUCUGACUCAAGUCGUCUCCAUGAAGACAUCCGCGCAGGUCUGGUCAGCCCUUGAGGAGAUGUACUCCUCUGUCUCUCGGUCACGAAUUAUCCAACUUCGGACCCUGUUCGCUGGCACUCGGAAGAACGAGAUGACCGCCACCGCGUACUUCACGAAGAUGCGGGGCAUUGCGGACGAACUUACAGCAGCAGGAAAGAAGAUGGAAGACGAUGAUCUCAUCUCUCAAAUCCUUGCUGGAUUGGAUGCAGAAUAUAAUCCUUUUGUCUCAUCCAUUGCCGCCAGAACCGAUGCCUAUUCCUUGAGUGAAAUUUAUGCUCAGUUCAUUGCCUUUGAAGCGCGCCUGGAGUCACAAAAUUCUGGGUCACAACAGUAUAAUUCGUCGGCAAAUCUUGCUGCACGAGGAGGACAUGGCAAAGGAAGUCGUGGAGGCAAAAAAUGGUGGCGGGAACCGCGGUGGCUACGGCAACAACAACCGCGGAGGCUACAACAACAACAACUACGGCAACAACUACAACCACGGGAACAACAGCUACUCCCACAAUAA